CAUGUGUUCUCCACUUACACCGCAUAUGGACCUACGGCCUGCAAGCAUGACAUGUCUUAUUCGAAAUAAAGUAGCUGAGUCCAAAUCCAUAUACGGCUGAAAAGCCACUUUCUGCUCCAUUCCUCUGAAUCCUCUCACUAUCCCUUUGGCCCUAAGAUCAGAGCUGCAGCUUUACCUUUUCAGACAUCGCAAGCGGAGACGACAACAUGGCGGCACCAGCCAUUGCAGACUGGCAGACUCUCGCCGCCUCGAAAAGAGCAGCCAAUGCGAACAAGAUUCCCGCAGAAUGGCGCCUCCCAUCUUCCCUAACCGCCCAGUUCACCGAAACCUCGACGCUCAACGUCCUCGACGUGCCUCGAACCUGCGGCCUGCUCACCGAAAAGGAGCUCGAAUUGACCGAGAACUACCACGCUACGGAACUCGCCCAUCUUAUGAGUAGCGGCAAAGCCACGAGCGUGGAUGUAGUAACCGCGUUCUGUAAGCGGGCGGCUAUAGCGCAGCAGUGCGUAAACUGCUUGACGGAGACCAUGUUCGACGAGGCGAUCGCGAGAGCGAGGGAGUGCGACGAAUACCUUGCGCGGGAAGGGAAAUCCAUGGGUCCACUCCACGGUGUCCCGAUUUCUCUCAAAGAUUCGUUCAACGUCAAAGGCACCCAAUCCACCAUCGGCUACGUCUCCUGGAUCUCCCACCCGCCGGCGAGCUCAAACUCCAACCUCGUCGACCUUCUCUUCGCUGCCGGCGCAGUCUUCUACUGCAAAACGAAUCUCCCGCAAACCAUGAUGACAGCUGAUAGCCACAACAACGUCUUCGGCCGCACGCUCAACCCCAACAAUCUCUCGCUCACAUCCGGCGGCAGCACCGGCGGCGAAGGCUCUUUAAUAGCCAUGCGGGGAAGCAUCCUGGGACUAGCCACUGAUGUCGCGGGUAGUAAUAGGAUACCUGCGCUUUGCAAUGGCGUCAAGAGCUUUAAGCCGAGCGCGGGGAGAGUGCCGUUCGGAGGCGGCGCGCCGCCGGGGAGACUGGGCAGUCCGAGUAGCAUUGUGCCGGUUAUCGGACCUAUGGGGUGGAGCGUGAGAGAUCUAGAGUUGGUGAUGCAGACCAUAUGCGACAGCGACGCGUGGAGAUUCGAUGAGAACGUGCUGAACAUUCCGUGGCGGCGCAUCCAGCCCACCACUCGUCCACUGCGAUUUGGACUCAUACGCGGGCAUCCAAAGCGCCCGCUGCAUCCACCGAUUGCGAGGGCCCUGCAUUCCGCUGCUACGAAGCUAAAAGAGAAAGGUCAUCAAGUCGUGCUGUUGGAUGACAAGAUCCCCGAUCUCUGGGAGAGUGCAAUUCUGGCUUGGAAGUUCUUCCUGCUGGAUCCGAAGAAGACGCCGGUGCAGCAUAUCACGGCGAGCGGCGAGCCAUGGGUGCCGUCGAUUGCGACCUGUCGGUUUGAAGAGUUGAAUGGGUGGGAGCCAAGCUUGGAUGAGCUGUGGGAUAUGAAUCUCGAGAGAGCGAAGAUUGUGAAGAGAUAUCAUGAUCUGAUUGUCGAGAAUGAGCUGGAUGCUGUGCUCAUGACGGGGUAUAACGCGUGCGCGCCGCCGCAUGAUACUUACGGUGUGACCAUAUAUACUGUGCUGCAGAACCUGCUGAAUUACCCUUCCGGUAUCCUACCCUAUCUGAAGGCCAAUAAGGAGUUGGAUGAGCCCUUCUUCAAGGCUGAGGCGGUUUAUGAACCCCCUUAUAACCCCGAGACGUUCGAAGGUAUGCCAGCGCACGUUCAGGUCAUGGGAAAGCCCAUGAAGGACGAGGAGUUGAUGGACAUACUCAAGCUCAUGGAAGGCAUAUUAGAGGAGUAGGCGGAAGGACACUAAGAAAAAGAUCAAUGAAUGAUGCAUGGAGGUCCUAAUUCGUUUUCUACCUAUUGUGAUCGAACCAGAACACUCCAUGAAAUGUAAAGUCAGGGU